CUACCCAUCGAUGGGUACAAGCUUCCCAUCGCUGGGUGGGAGGUUGACUUCCAAACAAGGAAAGAAUCAACCUUUAAUGACCACCAACGGUCAUGCCUUCCCAUCGAUGGUAUACCCUUACCAUCGCUGGGUUCCCAUCGAUGGGAUAAGUUUCCCAUCGCUGGGCAAGGUCGUUCUGCCUUGUGUUAAUUUUGCACCAAGGCUUUAACAGCGAUGGGUAGAACUCCCCAUCGCUGUUUGGCAUGGUUCUGGAAACUUGUUUGGCUGAGGGGCCGCUUACCCAUCGAUGGGAAGAUCUUCCCAUCGCUGGGUGGAUGACACAUCAUUGUUUCUUCUUUCUGUUCUCGUUAUUGUGAUGAUGAUGGUCCAACCAUCAAACGGCGGCUCCAAUGACGGCGACGACCUUCACUCCGUUCCGCUAACGGUCGUCAAGGGUGCGGUCGCCGAAGGCGCCGUAUGUCUUGACGGAAGCCCCCCUGUGUAUCAGUGGGCCGCCGGAAGGGGCGGCGGUGUCAAGAAUUGGAUCAUCUUCCUUCAAGGAGGAGGGUGGUGUUUGAACACCACAAUGCAACUCCCCGGGAGGGAUUCCGUGGAGAGUUGCGCGGCGCGCACGACUAUCUUCCUCGGUUCCUCCCGCCACAUGGCGCCGGCGAACUUCACGCAAGUACUUUCUCCCCUGUCGAACACGAGCUAUUUCUACAACUGGAAUAGAGUGUUCGUUAGGUACUGUGACGGGGGAUCGUUUGCUGGAAAUGCAGACAAACCGGACCCCGUCACUCAUGUCUACUACAGAGGGGCGAGGAUCUUUGACGCUGUCGUCAGAGAUUUGAUGGCGAGAGGGCUGAGAGGCGCUCGCAAUGUUCUUUUUGCCGGGGGAUCUGCGGGCGGAUUGGGGGCGAUGAUCCACUGCGAUCGCUUCUGCGGACAUUUCCCUAAGAAUGUCGUUAGGGUAAAAUGUCUCGCCGACAGCUCCUUCUUUCUCCGCGUCAAAGAUCCUUCCCGCGCGGAGUUUCUCGACCGCGUCUUCCGCACCGUGGUUGACGUGCAGCGUCCACACCGGGCAUUACCCGCGGGCUGCACGUCAAAAAUGAGUGCGGCGGCAUGCUUCUUCCCCCAAAACUUGUUGCGGUACAUCAAAUCCCCGAUUUUCAUCAUAAAUCCGGUGUUCGAUGCGUACCAAAUAAAAACAACGUUUUCGGUGGAUUUGAAUAACCAAGUCGGAAACCAUACCGUCAUCAGCCGAAGUAAUGUGACACUACUUCAAGGUUUUAGACGCGAAAUGAUCAAUGCCCUGCCCCCGGUGAAAGCCGGGAAUGGGUAUUUGAUCACUUCGAUUUAUGGUCACGACUUUGCUAUUCAAACAAGCUAUAAAAUACACAUGUUUGGCAACAACAAUAGAUCCAAAACCAUUGAGGACGUAGUCUUAGAUUGGUUUUUUGAUCGGACACCUAAUGUGUACUACAUUGAUCCAUCAGAUAAACCUUUCUUUGGACCACCUCACAAUUAAUUAAUGAAUAAUAGUUGUUGUUGGCAUUUUAAACUCAAUGAGGUGAAAAAAAUUACUCCGUGGUGAAUUAUUGUACGCACUGACAUAUGGUGUUAUGUAUGAAACUGUCUUCACUUUUGUAUUUUUUUUAAAUGCACGUUAUAUUAUGUUUAUCGAUUAUCCAUUGCAUUACAAUUAUUAAAAUAGGGUAGGUUUG